AUGCACCCAGCUUUGAAUUACCGACAGUCUCGGCGAUCCGCUUGUGAUAGAUGUCGGGGAUUUAAACUACGUUGUGAACGGGAUCAAGUGCGUGGUAGAUCCUGUGAAAGAUGUCUCAAGGCUCAAGUCCUUUGUACCACAAGUCUCAGUCAAUCAGCCUUUCCUUCGUCAAAAGUCAAUACUCCAACCCUGCCCAGCGAAUAUGACGGGAGCUUUCGCAGUUUUAAUCGACUAUCUAUGUCAGCUCUUCAAAGGCACACCCUUUCAGGGAUACAGAAGUCGCCUGUACCUUCUGGAGUUCUGCGAACACAAUUCGAUCCAUCUUUAUAUCUCGCAAACCGAAACAUGGGUUUGGGGCUAGAUGACUUUGCUGUAUCAUUACAACCCAGCAAGCCCUUAUCGGUGCCUCCUGAUCAAUGGCACAAUGCAAAUUUAUCUUGGGAUGCAAUUCCAUCUUGGGAUCCAAAUCCAUCUUGGAAGCAACCGAUCGAUUUGCGUUUGUCAGAUCAUGAAGAUCACCUCAAGAAUUAUGUACCAUUCUCCGACAAUAGACCUUUGUCCAGUUAUUCGAAUGAGUUCAUCACGAACGGAGUGUUCACCUCCCUUUCUGAUCCCUUCGCCGAGCCUCGUAUUCCUCCUACGGAAGAAUGGAAUUCGAGAAGCCCACAAACUACGCAAAAGAGGCUGCUCAAGUUGAAUCUAGAAUUAAUAGAGGAUCUCGAGCUUCUUGAAUGGGAGUCGACUGCACCGGCAUCAAUAAACUUCUUAGGCGACAAUAUGAACCCCACAGUCGACAAACUCGACGUUCCAAUUUUUCGCAUGCUGAACCAUUCAACCAGACUAUUGGAGAUACUUCAGUCUGAAAGACAACUAUCCGAGGCUCACAUUGCUAUCACUCAAUCGCCAAAUAAACCGCCCACGGAGGAGGCAAUGGAUGACGGUAUAGCGACAGUCUCUUCGCAUGAUUCGGGAUACUUGACAGCGAUAGCAUCGCCCCAGGAGACAGCCCAGGUCUUGCCUCCGCGGCACACGUUACCUCUGUUUCUGAGUAUGUUGACAACAUACUGCCAUCUUACUCGACUCUAUCAUGCCAUCUUUACACAACUUUAUCAGAUGUUUCUCAUCGUUCCCCCUCCUGAAGAUUCAAGGUUCUUAUUUCUUUCAAGUUCGGGGAUGGACGGAACUCUAGCGGUUCAAGUUCAAAUGCUAAUCGAGCUCAGCUUCAGUAUGCUCGCAAAGCUUGAACAUGAGUUGGAGUCUGAUUUUGGCACCGACUCAGAUUGGAUGUCCAGUUCCACUGUCCCGAUUCAGGACAAUACUUCAUUAGCGGCUAUUAAAGAACACAUAGUGGCCCAUGACGGCAUACUUUCUGGGAUCCCCUUGAGGGAAGCGAUGAACUGUUUAAGUCGGCUUGUCACGGCGUCUGCUGAAACAUGA